GCACUUACCAAUUAUUUCUUUUCUAGCAAAAGAAAAUUAAUUGGCACUUAUGUUACAGUAUUAGAUCCUUAUCAGAGAUGUCCUUGGAGUUGAAAAGAAAUGAAAGUAGUGGAAAUUUUUUAGGGGCAAAACACAAAGGAGUAUGGAGUUAGCAACUGCUUCGUUUGGGAUCGUAGCACAGGAACUCAAAAAACUCAUAGAAAGGGAAGCAAAACAUGUAAUUGGCUUUAGCAGUCAAUUGGAGGAGCUGACAAAAUGCUUAGAAAUCAGCAGAAGAUUCCUUCUCGACAAAGCAAAUCUUGAGAACAAGGACAUAGCUGUCAGGGAAGCCUUGAUUCAACUGAGGGAAGUGGUUUAUGAAGCUGACAACAUUCUAACAGAUUGCCUAAUCAGACAAUACAAAAUGGACGCAACUAAUUGCUUUGGUUGCUUUCUUCAAUAUGGUCUCUUCUUCUUGAACCAAACAGGGAAGAAACUGAAAGACAUCAAUUCCAAAAUGAAAGCCAAAGAGAAGAUUCUGAGCAGGCAUUUAUCAUAUAUGCACCAUAAUCAUGACAAAGCAGAAGAAGAACAUUCAUUCCAUUGUCGGAGAAUCAUGUCGCAGGAUUUGGACCCUGAGAUAGUUGGACUCGAAGACGACAUAAGGAUGAUAAAGGAGUGGAUUUUCGACCCCAAAGAGGAGCUUCGCCGCAUCGCAAUUGUGGGGAUGGGGGGUUUGGGAAAGACCACCAUUGCGCAGAAGAUCUUUCAUGACUCGGCGGUUCUCGAUCACUUUGACAAGCUAUUGUGGGUCACUGUCUCACAGAGUUUCAGCCCGGAGACGAUUCUAAGGUGCAUGUUGCAAAGGCUAGAGGCGAACACAUCUAGUAUUGAGUACUCUAGUUUGAUGGGGGAACUUCAGCGAAGGCUUAAAGAUAAAACAUGUCUUCUUGUUAUGGAUGAUGUAUGGCCAAUAAAACAGGUUGAAUGGUGGACUCAGUUGUGCUCCAUUUUAACCGUAAGAAGUUGCAUUAUAAUCACCACCAGAGAUAAUGAUGUCCCUGCUCGGAUAGGAGUGGAGGAGUCGCGAGUUCACAAACCGAAAACUCUAAGUGACGCUGAAGGUUGGUCUUUGUUCUCGAAGUUCGCGUUUUGUUCUGGCCAAGGGACUUGCUCGGAUGCCCUCUUUGAGAAAGUGGGCAAGGAAAUUUUGAAGAAAUGUGGGGGGCUCCCAUUGGCAAUCAAAGUGGUGGGAUCGUUAUUGUCCUCAAAGGUCCACAACCUAUCUGCGUGGGAAGACGUGCUCGAGAGUUUUCAUAAAUCGCCAUUAUUAGGGAAUGAAGAUAUCAUGGCUUCUUUGAGACUGAGCUAUAAUGACCUCCCCGCUCAUUUGAAGCAAUGCCUAUUGUGUCUCUCCAUUUAUCCUGAAGAUAUUGAGAUAAGAACUGAACAGAUAAUCCAUUGGUGGGUUGCGGAGGGACUUGUUCACUUCAGCACUAAGGGGUCAUCACAAGAAAGUGUGACAGAUUUGGGCUAUGAAUGUCUUUUGCAGCUUAUAAGUAGAUCCCUGGUGGAUGUAAAGGAACGACGGCGCUAUGAUGGAAGAGUCUUCUCCUUCAAAAUUCAUGACAUGGUGCGCGAGAUGAUCAUCACGAUUGCAGAAGAAGAGGCCUUUUGCUUCUUUGAUGAAAAGGGCAAGCAUACAUGGAAAGGAGAAAAUUGUCACUGGUUAGGCUUCACAAGAGAAAUGGAUGAGAAGUUACUCAAGAACAACUCAAAGCUGAGGGCAUUGUAUUUCUUUAAAACCGAUCAUCCAGCGGAUAGCUCUAACUCAGCUGACCCUCCAGCUGAUCGUUUGGGCACAUCCAAUUCUUCACUUGACUUUGACAAAAACUCAAGGCCGUUGUCCCUCAGAGGGUUGGAUUUCUCCGGUCUUCACAACGAGAAACGCGUGAAGGAUCUCUUUGAUUGGAUUUGUUCACUCAGACGCCUAGCGUGUUUGAACGUAAGUAAUGCCGAUGAUCUGCAAGAACUGCCGUCUACAAUAAGUAAGCUCCUGAAUCUUCAGUUGUUAGUUCUGAACGGAUGCACCAAGUUGGAGAAAAUACCCUCAUCAAUCACUAGUUUGAAGAAUCUCAUUGUCUUGGACUUGGUAGGUUGUCCACUCCGGUAUUUCCCUCGAGGUUUAGGCAGGCUUUCCAAUCUUCAAGAACUCAAGGGAUUCAAAGUGGUUAUAGGCAGUCAGGCAAGAAACAAGACUUGUGGACUUGGUGAGCUCAAGAACCUAAUCCAACUAAGAGUUCUACACAUCACUAUUACCACCACUGAUGAUGCAACCGAAAUCUCCGAAUCACAUGAAUCAAACAUCCUAUCUUCGCUCGCAAAACUUAAGGUUCUAAUUAUUGAUGCGGACGAGCGUGAGGAGGACUGUGUUUUGAAAAUGGUGGAGAGCCUAAGCGCCCCUCCAAGCCUGCAGGAGCUGUAUCUUAGAAAAUAUAAUUUUGAAUACAUGCCAAUCUGGUUUAAUCACAAAAAUCUUAGUAGACUACAGUAUCUCUGUGUGGAAGAGGGAAAAAUCGUCUACUUGAAAGCUCGAGAAGAUUCGAGUGGUUCGAAUUGGAGCAUCCGAGGUAUGUCUUUGAAGUAUCUGCCAAUGUUGAAAGUGGAUUGGGAGCACUUGAAGAGUGUCAUGCCAUUGAGAAACUUGGAGGUUAGUAAUUGUUCUGCUCUGACGUUGAGAAACUUCCCUUUCCCCCUUGACAGACCUGGCUUCUGGUCAAUUUGA